UCUUGUGGUCAAAACAGGAAUGUCGUAUUGAGCUCUCUCGGACUUUAUACUUUAUACUUUUCCAGCAGAUUUUACCUUGAAAAUUGCGACCAUAUCAUAUAUGUCUCUAGGUCUGUGAUGCAUUUAAUUAUAGUAUAACUACUUGUUGUUUUUUGGUUUGUUUUCUGAAUUCUGAACAAUGAGGGUGGAGACUGGACGUGCGUGUACGUGAAGUGCGUCUUCUAUUUUAUCAGGAAGUGUUCGGAUUGCAUUUGCUUACGUACAUUUAGGGUUUCUCUUUCGAGAUGUUAGAAUAACAUAGCACUUUGUCGUGUUCAACAGUAGUUCAACAGCUCAACAGUUAUUCGGUAAUACGAUACAGAGAUAUAGCCUUGGUAAAUAUUGGUACUAAUACGUAGCAAUAGGGAUAGAUUAGAUUAUCAUUAUACAGUGAUGGAGACAAAUCUUAAAAUAUUGGUAUUGGGUGCCGGGCUUGCUGGAAUAGGCGCAGCUACCAAACUGUUAAGUCUGGGAUUCAAAGAUGUAACAAUAAUUGAGGCAUCUGGACUGGCUGGAGGGAGAAUAGCCAAGGAGUGUCUUGGCAAGUCCUGGGUAGAUACAGGAGCCCAGUACAUCCACGGAGCCUCAGAGGCGAACCCAGUGUUCUGUCUGAUGAGGCAGCAUGGCCUGUUGGGUGAUGUUGUGACUGAGGAGGGCACUGACCUCGUGUUCCACAGCAAGGGACGCAGAAUCAGCGGGGACUUAGCAGGUCGUGUGUAUGAGGCAGGGGAGGGCAUCAUCAGACAACCCCACAAGGGGAACCCUGGCAAAAACAUAGGUGAUUACUACGCUGAGAAAUCUCUGGAUCUAGCUAAGAGCUGGAAGAGUAGCAGCGAGGACAAAGACGAUGUCCUGAGUAUUCUGUCUCUGGUCGGGAAGAGCCUAAUGAUAGACAUUGGUGCACCAGCACUCAGCAGCGUAUCGCUUGACUCUUGGCAGUACUACACCAACAUGGGAGAGGACCUCGACAUUGGGGGGAAGAUGUUUAAUGUGACUGAAAAACUCUUGGUAGACUUCCCUAAAGAGCGCCUGCUGCUGAAUAGACCUGUGAUUAAAAUCAAUUGGAACGGCAGCUUCUGUGGAGAUGCUGGCCGUCUCUACCCUGUUUGCAUAGAGUGUGAAAAUGGAGAAAAGUUUCUUUGCGAUCAUGUGGUGGUUACUAUCUCACUUGGCUGUCUGAAAGCUGCACCAACAACCAUGUUCAACCCUCAGCUCCCAGAGGACAAGAGGGAGGCCCUAGACAAACUUGGUUUUGGCUGCGUCAACAAGAUCAUCCUGCAGUAUGAGGAGGCCUUCUGGGAGAGGGAUGCAGGAAGCAUCAGUCUGCUAUGGGAGGACGAGACCCCAGCGUCCUUAUCCACAGACGCCACCCAGUGGCAGAAGAAUAUACAGCUUUUCACUGUCAUGAGACCAAGAGAGAAGUUUGGUAAUGUUUUGAUUGGCUGGUGUUCGGGAAAUGUGGCACAGCAUGUUGAAACCAUGACAGAGGCUGAACUCUCAGCCGCCAUCACCAGUAACUUCAGGAAGUUCAUGGGCAACCCUAACAUUCCCUGUCCUAAGACGGUUUUAUGCACAAAAUGGCACGGUAAAGCAUUCAUUCGAGGAGCAUACGCCUAUAUCCCAGUUGGCGUGGAUGGUGUGAUCAUGGACACGUUGGCUCGUCCUCUGUCAAGCAUGAAAAGCUCCACUGAGGAUCUUCAAGUGCUCUUUGCCGGGGAGGCCACAAUGAAGAACCUCUAUGGGACCGUACAGGGAGCUCUGCUCUCUGGGCACAGGGAGGCUGACAGGAUCUCACAGCAUUAUGGAAGAACAGCCCCUUCAUCAACUCCAUGCUCUUCUUCUGCGGCAACAUAACGGCUCUCAUGUCACAGUGGUCUAGGCCGAGGGACUGCAUGAGAGGAAAGAUUUGCCCUUUUUGUUUGGCUGUAUAUUUUUUCUAUGCAUUUGAUCCUAGCAAAAGAUUGUUGAUAUUUUACUCAACCACCAAUCAAAUACACCUCUGCCUUUAGUGCUCCUGAAGCAACAUUGUUGAUUCGCUGGAAUAGUGUAUUGUUCAAUCUUAGCCACCUUGCUUCUUUCCAUUUAUAAAAGGAACAACUGAGCUUUUUUUUUUGCCGAAUGCACACAUAGAAUGGACUGUGCCUUUAGUGUGGAAUUAAUGUGUUCAAUUCAAUUGUGUUACAUUUGUGGAGCAGGUUACAUACUAAUCAAAAAAUCAUCACUGUUUAUUAGUUUUUUUUUAUCAGAUGAUUUUGUUUUUUAAACAAACUGUCAAAAAGUGUCCUUUCAGGUUGUAUUGUCAAAACAUUCAGAUCAAUGUUAAGUCUAUGACAAGGCUACCCAUACCACAAUAACUAUCUCUGGCUCACUGACAGUGUUGAAGAGCAUGCAUAGGCUAAUCUUAUCAUUGUUUUCAACUGAUUAUGACAUGAUUGUAAUAAAUCGAUUUUUUUAAAUCGAUCCUUCAAGUAAAUUCUGAAUGAUUAAACAUAGAUGCUGUCAUA